CUAAGAUCUUGUCGUCCGAAGGAGAUAUCAAGGUCUUUCAUGUCGAAAGUGUAGUUGCCGAGAUGGCGUUCGGAUAGCCCCCAGUCAACCAGGGUGUGCGACCUUCAAGCUGCCUGCCAUUCUCACCGUCUCGCUAUUCGCAUUGUAUCCGAUACCUCCCACGACAUCCGGGGAUAAUGAUUACAGGUUUGAUGGUCAGCGCUCACACGACACCUUUAGAUGACUACAAGGCAUGGAUCUACUGAGAGAUGCCCUCCGGCGGGAUUGCCGGUGCUGCACUGACGUCCCUCGGCUGAAUCAUUGGCCCUAUGCGACUUUACUUGAUUUUGAAAAGGCCGCCAAGAAAGGUUGCCCGAGGUGCUCAAUAAUCUUGAAAGGUAUCUUGAAGUUCUCGGAGCAGUGGAAGGGCGUUCCGGCCUUGGAAGUCAGGGUCAGCAUACCUGGGGAGUUCGAGGGUGGAAACCUGCGCGAAAUCUGGAUCAGGUGGCCAGACAACGCCGACCCUGAGGCAUGGAACCCGAAGGAGCGAUGGAGGAAGGUCGAACUUCAGAUGUAUUUCCCCGAAGGCAGCGAACCUCUCUUCCCAAAAAUGCUCUCUCGACGGAGUGUACCGGUGGAGUCUGACUCCGCUGUUUCCUUUGACGCCAUCAAAGCCUGGAUAUCAGAAUGUUCAGAGAAACAUAGGAUGUGCAACCUGGGUGACGGGGAAGAGUUUCUGCCCACCCGGCUUAUCGAUGCCAGGCCGGAUAAUGGUCAUCACGGUGUCCGGCUUGUGCACAGCUCUGAAAUCCUGGAUAUCACAACUAAGUACGCUGCGUUAAGCCACUCAUGGGGCGAAAAGGAGCAACGUAUCAAGCCGAUACCGAAAACUAAAAAAGACUCGAUCAACGGUCGGCUGAAGCACAUCUCCUUCGAGGAAUUGACGAAGACAUUUCAGGAUGCCGUCAUCGUCGUGCGUCGGCUGGGCUUGAGAUAUAUCUGGAUUGACGCUCUAUGCAUUGUUCAGGACGACGUCGAAGACUUCGCGGAACAAGCAGGUCAGAUGGCAAAGAUAUACGGACGAGCACAUCUUGUCAUGUCCGCUCUCCGUGCUGCCACAGGAGAUGUUGGAAUAUUCCAUCAUCGAUACAAGGCACAGCAGAUAUCGCACAAGGUCAGAAGAGGCCACGAAAUGGUGGCAUUUGUCAGGCCUAUCCUCAACCACGAUGAUUUCAUCACGGGCGAACCUCGAGAUUUCAAGACCUCGCCUCUAUUUGCGCGAGCAUGGUGCUUCCAAGAGCGCCUGCUGGCGAGUCGGGUCGUCCACUUUGCGGAGAGCGAAAUUGUAUGGGAGUGCAAUCAACAGCUCAGCUGCGAAUGCCGUGGGAUUAUGACAGAUUCCCUGGUCGAAACAAACGGAAAUUUCAAACAACGGCAAGCUCUUGCAUUGCGAAACAUGAAAGUAGAAUCGCGGCUGAAGACAUGGUACGACGUGGUUCGAGCCUACACGGCACGGUCGCUCAGUUUCGAAAGCGAUCGCCUACCAGCCCUUUCGGGCUUUGCGCAGCUGGUGUCCACUUCGGAAAUGGGCAGGUACUGCGCCGGAUUUUGGGAAAGUCAAAUGCCCGCGGCGCUUUUGUGGCGGCCGCUACGGGAGUUGCCUGAAGCUUCAGAAAGACAUACCGUACGUCCGGGCGAUUAUCGAGCGCCGAGCUGGGCAUGGCCAGCAGUGAGAGCCGUCAUCGAAGGAUACAUGAAGUAUGUCAAGGACUCAGAGGUGGUUGCGAGAGUUGUUGAGCUUGUUUGUGAACCUGCGACCAGUGACAGGUUCGGACAGGUAGGCUACGGGCAUAUCGUGCUUGAGGCGCCAGUCGUGGACGUCAGCCUUCAGCCAGGACAAGAGAACGAUGAAGGGCAACAUUCGUAUAACCUUGAGAAGAAUGGAGAGAGGUUUACGUUCCAGGCUGAUGUCAGCCUGGGAAAAGGUGGCCCGGAUUAUGUGCCUUUCGGGAAUGUGCUGCUUUGUGUCAUCAUCGAGCGCUUUUUGAACCAAGUCAAUUCGAAUCGAGCUGCGUGUGUGGUACUGCGGCAUCAUCGUGGGAAAGAGCUCGAAAGUGCGGACUGGGAAAGGGUAGGGUUGUUCAACUGUCCACAACAUUGGAUCGUUAAUGCCCGGUGCAGACAAGUUAAGAUCCUCUAAAUGUGGAAAUCGACCAAGAAGCGACGGAGUCCACUCAAAAAUCCGAGGCUCAGCUCGUGAAUUCUACAGCUUUCGGAGGAGAAGUCUUCAUCUUGGCCCCUCAGGCAUUGUAGUCGUGAGAGGAGGUACGUCAGAGCUGGCCCUGGGUGGUGCCGCAUCCACUGUUUAUUGCAUAUCGAGUGCUUGACUGGAGGGCGUCUCACUAACCAGCAUUGUCCUGGUAUCGAGGUCGAUGAACCGAGCGCGACAUCGAACGACUCUGGCCUGAGAUGCUCAAGAGUCUGGUUGAUUUCGACCCACAUUGGAAACAACACCAGACCAGGUUUCUGCCCCAUCACUCCAUGACCCCAGCAAAAGCCCCCACAUUCACACCCGUUUCGUAUGUGGGUUCAAAUGCCACUGAGUCUCCGGACAAAAAUGAAUCAAACAAUUUGUGCCGGCAAAAGUCAAGCCAGCCAUGGGCGAUGUGUGGGACUGCUCAUGGUGCGGAGGAUGCAUCUAUUUGCCAAGGGGCCCAGCAAUUGCUCGAACAGCCAUCCACGACGACAUGUACCUAGGUGGGCACA